UACUAUACAAAAACAAAGAAAAAAGGAAACGGUUGGUGUGUUCCAUUGAACUUAGACAUGAAUGCCCUGAAAUCUAAACCGGACGUGUUGCCGUUAAUAAACCGGAUUGGAUAAUCACCGAUAGAUCCGAACAUUGAACUAGAAGGUUUUGUUUUUUUGGGUCAAUACGAAAAGCACACCACCAUACCAUAACAGAGUAAAGUGCCAACUCAGGCUUACAUAAGCUCUAAUCCCAUCCCAAACCCAAACCCUAAUUGCCACUACCCUUUCUCCUUCUCUUGUUAUUGCUUGUGGCAGCAUGCUUAGAGCUGUUUGUUGUUGCUGAGGAUUCUGGGCAAAAUGGAUUUAGUUUCUCUUUGCCAGGAGAAAUUGGUAUAUUUUCGUGUAAAAGAUCUCAAAGAUGUGCUUACUGAGGUAGGACUUUCAAAGCAAGGAAAGAAGCAGGAUCUUGUUGAUAGGAUAUUAUCUAUUCUCUCAGAUGAAGAAGUUUUCAGAGCAUGUGCUAAGAAGAAGAAUAUUCUUGGAAAAGCAGAAGUGGUGAAGUUAGUGGAUGACACAUAUAGAAAACUGCAGGCAUCUGGAGCCACUGAUGUAGCAUCAAAGGGGCAGGGUGCUUCAGAUAGAGCUAAUGUGAGAAUUAAAGGUGAACUUGAUGAUUCCUUUCUAGCAGAUAUGAAGGUUCGCUGUCUCUGUGGGAGUUCAAUGGAAACAGAUCUACUGAUCAAGUGUGAAGAUACAAAAUGCCCUGUCUCGCAGCAUCUCAACUGCGUUGUUAUUCCGGAUAUUCCCAGUAAAGGAAUGCCACCAAUCCCGGAUACAUUUUAUUGUGAAAUAUGCCGUCUCAGUCGAGCAGACCCGUUUUCGGUUUCAAUGACACACCCUUUACUUCCAGUGAAGUUGACUACAACCCGUAUUCCAACUGAUGGAUCCAAUCCCAUGCAGAGUCUUGAGAAAACAUUUCUAAUUACCAGAGCAACCAAGGACUUAGUAUUAAAAUCGGAUUUUGAUAUUCAGGCUUGGUGUAUGCUUUUGAAUGACAAAGUUCCAUUCAGGAUGCAAUGGCCGCAACAUACAAACCUAGUGGUCAAUGGCUGUGAUGUUCGUGCAAUUAAUAGACCUGGUUCUCAGAUGCUUGGGGCUAAUGGUCGCGAUGAUGGCGCAAUUAUCACGUCAAAAAUAAAAGAAGGAAUUAACAAGAUUUCUUUGACGAGCUGUGACACUCGCAUUUUCUGUUUCGGGGUCCGCAUUAUUAAAAAGCGCAGCUUGCAACAGAUCCUGAACAUGAUUCCAAAGGAGUUCCAUGGUGAGCGGUUUGAUGAUGCUCUUGCACGUGUUUGUUGUCGUGUUGGGGGUGGAAAUUCUGCGGGCGAAGCUGAUAGUGACAGUGAUCUGGAAGUGGUUUCAGAUACUAUUAGUAUCAACCUUCGUUGUCCAAUGAGUGGUUCAAGAAUAAAGAUUGCAGGAAGAUUCAAACCUUGUGUUCACAUAGGUUGUUUUGAUCUUGAAGUUUUUGUGGAAAUGAAUCAACGUUCAAGAAAGUGGCAAUGCCCCAUAUGUCUCAAAAACUACGCUCUGGAGAAUAUCAUUAUUGAUCCUUAUUUCAACCGCGUCACUUCUAUGAUGAAAAAUUGUGGGGAGGAGUUUACCGAGGUGGAGGUGAAGCCUGAUGGUUAUUGGCGUGUCAAGGCUAAGAAUGAAAGUGAAUGCCGCGAGUUAGGGAAUCUUGCUGAAUGGCACUCUCCUGACGGUUCCGUCUCUGUUUCUACUAGUGGAGAAGGCAAGAGAGUGGAAACUUUGAAUGUCAAAAAGGAAGGGGUUUCAGACAGUCCUGCCGGCAUAAGACUUGGCAUUAGGAAAAAUUGUAAUGGAGUUUGGGAAGUUAGCAAACCCAAGGACACAAACACCUCUUCUGAUGAUAGGUUGAAUGCGGAUUUAGGAAAUAAUGAAGUUGUGGUUAUUCAAAUGAGCAGCAGUGGCACUGGAAGUGGAUUGGAUGGCGAUGAUCAAAGUGUAAAUCAGAGCGGCGGUGGGCAUGUAGAAUAUUCUACUACCAAUGGGAUUGAGGCAGAUUCUUUGUGUCACACUAAUGCUGGUUCAACUUAUGGAUAUACUAUUCCUAACACUUCUGCUCCAAUGGCUAAUGCAGAAGUUAUUGUUCUUAGUGAUUCUGAAGAUGAUGAUAUGUUAUUAUCUCCUACAGUUGGUCGCAAUAAUAAUCAAACUGACGAUCCAGUUGAUACUUACUCAGUGCCCCCACCUGGAAUUAUCGACCCAUAUGCAGAAGAUCACAAUAUUGGUGGAAAUCCAUCCUUGGAAGUUUUUGGUAAUCCCAGUGAAGGUGAUUUUGGGAUUUCCUCCCUCUGGCCAUUGCAUUCUGAAACUCAGGCAACCUCGGGAUUCCAACUGUUCAGUUCUGAGGUGGAUGUGUCUGAUGCAUUGGUCCAUGGUGAUAUUAAUUGCUCCUCAUCACUGAAUAGUUAUACAUUGGCUCCGAACACUGGUUUGGGAUCUAAUACUCUAAUACCAAAUUCAUCCACUGAUCCAUCUGACACUGAUUUAAAUGGUGGCUUAGUUGACAAUCCAUUGGCAUUUGGUGGAGAGGAUCCCUCGCUUCAGAUUUUUCUCCCUACAAGACCAGGAGAAUCAUCUGUGCAGCAUGAUGAAUUAAGAGAUCACAAUGGUGUGUCAAAUGGUGAAUAUACAGAGGAUUGGGUCUCUCUUAGGCUUGGGGGUGGAGCUGGUGACAGUAAUGGUGAUGCUUCAACCCCAAAUGAUUUGAAUUCCAGACCGCAGAUUACAUCCAGAAAAGAUGCUACCGAUUCUUUAACUGAUACUGCUUCUUUGCCUCUUGGUAUGAACGAUGCUGGGUCUGACAAAGAAAGUAGGAAAAGAUCAUAUGGCCCUUUCUCAUUUCCCCGUCAAAAACGUUCCGUACGGCCCCGCUUGAAUCUUUCUAUUGAUUCAGAUUCAGAGUAGAGGAUAUUCCAUCUCUAGACUAUAACAGCUUUAGACGCCCUUACUGCCGCAUUUUGUACCUACAAUAAACCAAAGAAAGUUAGAGCAGCAUUUUUGGUCCUAAGUCAGUGAAAGCUGUUGUAUUCUGAAGCAUCUCUCUCUGUUUGGAGCAGCGUUACAAAUUCCCCCCCGGCAAAAUCAUGUUCAUGUACUGUGUCAUUUCCUUAUUGGGAAUGAAGGAUGUUGGCUGCAACUGUCCUCACUUAUUUAUGCAGAUAUGUUCAGAGUUGUCCUAAUGUCACAUGAUAGUUGAUAGUGCUGUUUUGUCCAGAUGGGCAGGCAUUCAGAUUUGAUACUUCAAAUUAUUAUAUCUGCAAUUUUGUCUCUGCUAUGGAUAGCAAUUAGCCUGUAAAGUUUCAGCCAACAACUUGGAUAGGAAAGUUAAAUUUUAGUUUUAUUAUUUACACCCAGGCAGAAGCUUGCUUUUGUAACAUAUGUGGUUGCUAAUAUUUUGCUUGCAUUAUACUUAGGCACUAGAUAGAGUGACCUCCUGGAUUACCAAAUUUUUAUGAGGAUCGACAUUUCCUCCUUUGUUGUAUAUUCUAGCUCACCGUGUUUCAAUCUGGAACACAGCUCGAGCAACGAGUUGAAUUGUUGUAAUAUAUUACAUGCUUCAAUAUGGUGAAAAUAUUGAGCCUUUUGUGGUGA